ACCCCUCCAUUUCUGCAGGCUUCCUCCCAUUUCUCCCUGCAAGAUGCCAUUCGCGCAAACCCCAGAACAUCACCGGCUCCAAAAUUCCAAGUGUUCUGCAGCCCCGAAUGGCGUCCCCUGAUUGGUCGAGAGCCUAUCAAUCAUGCCUUUAGCCGCACCCCUCCCCCCAUUCAACCACUCGCCUCUCUGUUCCAGUGUGUUUACUACACUGCCGAGCAUAAGGGAGACCUCGUCUUCACAUGCACUGAACCCACUAAGAAAAACAGUUUUUAGUUGUAUUUCUAAGAAAACCUCCAAGAGAUCAACAUGCCCAAGAGAAAGGCACAGGGAACAGAAGGAGGAGAGAAGGAGGAGCCCCAGAGGAGAUCAGCUCGGUUAUCAGCGAAGCCGGCCCCACCCAAGCCGGAACCAAAGGUGAAGAAGGCAGCAAAGAAAGAAAAGGCUGUGAAUGAUAAGAAGGAGGAUAAGAAGACCAAGAAGGCAAAGGAGAAUGCUGAGGCAGAGGCCAACGAAGAAAACCACUCUGAGAACGGAGAGGCCAAGACCAACGAGGUGGAGGCAACCCCAGAGGAGGCCAAGGAGGAGGCCAAGUCCGAGUAGCACCACUGCCCAAGCUUCCUCCUCCUCUACAACCACCUCCUCUCAAAACUCUCCCCCUGCCCUCUCAACCAACCAGCCAGCCCCUCCCUCCCCAAGUCUCUCACAUGGUUUCCCUCCAAGGCGUAUUGUUAACAGAGGAAUAUUUUUAUCAAUGAUUUUAUAAGUAUCCGUACAGAUUUUUAGCACAAAAAGCAAAGCUGAUUAUGGAGCGCCUUGCAGAUUUGCAGUGGUCAUAUCAAGUGUCUGCAAGCAAGAUAAACACACUAAAAUCUUUUUUAAAUGGCAUUUCAUGAUUGUUGAAGGCUUGUUUUGGUGUAGAAAGAGUGUCCCUGCCGGAUUGGCUAUGUCGUGAGUUGUGUAUUACUGUUUUUUUUCCCCCCCUACCUUCCCCACUCCGCCCGUUCCUCCCCUCUUCUUCAUCCUCAGAUUAGACCCUCCUCCUCUUCUGACAGUUCAGCCUUCAUCCAUGUUUUAUUGACGGUUCAGCCAUGUUAAUGUGGGUGAUUCUUUUAGAUCGCUAAAUGUGCAGUGAGUUCCCUUUGCUUCUGUCUCAUGGUCUUGUUUCUUUCUUCUUUUAUUUUUUUCUGUUAAAGUUGUGUUUUAAACAAACAAAAAAAAAGAAAAAGCAAAAAAAAAAAGCAAGCGUGUUUAAGCGUGAUGUCCAUAAGAAAGAGGAACGAACAUGUGAAACAUUCCGGGAACAGCGAUUGCCUCCGACCCGUGUCCUAUAUGACCCUGCGUGUAAAAACAGCUCCUGCUCCAUCCAGGCUGUCAUGUCGGCUUUUCUAAACACUGAUGUUGUUGAUUUCUUUCUCUUUUUUUUUUUUUUUUUCAUUCUUUUUCUUUCUUUUUUUAAACUAUUGAAUUUGGAAUCCUUCUCUGACAAAUGCAGGUGUCUGGUCCCUCUCUUGUGUUCUGAAAUUCUCUUAAUAAAAAGAAGUCCUGGGAAUUUUCCUCGAA